AUGUCUUCUGAAAGUGUCGAAGCCGAUAAAUACUCAGUUGCAUAUGUCACAGUUCCAAGCAUGGAUGUGGGAAAGACUCUAGGUAAUGGUCUGGUCAAAAAUAAGCUGGCUGCAUGUGUUAAUAUUAUACCUCAAGUAACCUCAAUUUAUGAAUGGAAAGGAGAGAUAAAUGAAGACAGUGAAGCUCUCCUUAUGAUCAAGACACGCACAUCUCAAGUGAACAAGCUAACAGAAUUUGUUAGAUCCAACCACCCCUACGAGGUCUGUGAAGUGAUAUCAUUGCCGAUAAAGAAUGGCAACCCACCAUACUUGAAAUGGAUUGGAGAGACUGUCCCUGAAAAU